AUGAAGUGUUAUCUCCAAAGAGAGAAUAUCAACACUAACUGUUCUGAUCUGCAUUCAUGGAGUUAUCCAACAAACAUUGACAUCCCUUUGCUUAUAAAAGGGUGUAUAGCAUUAAUCAUUAUUAAUGCAGCACUUUCCAUUAGCGUGAUCUGCAGCAAUGCUGCCGUAAUUUUCACUAUUCUAAGGACGCCUUCUCUAAAAAAGCCAUCAAAUUACUUGAUUCUUGUUUUGGCUCUCGCAGAUCUUGGAGUCGGUGCUUUGGUUGCACCAUGCUUUUGCGUGACAAUAGCCUGCACACUUGCCAGAAACUACCAAUGCUUGAUUUCAUCUAAAGAUGUAUAUACGAUAACUGGAUCAAUUUUUAUUACUGCGUCGAUUUGGACUUUAGCAGCUCUAACUGCAGACCGCUUAAUAGCUAUAACCUUGCAUCUACGUUAUAGGGAAAUUGUAACUGUUGUCCGGACUGGCGUAAUCUGCACGAUAAUAUGGAUUUUUGCCAUACUAAGUAGUCUUAGUUGGUUAUCGUCAAUAAUCCCCUUCCUCAUUUCUACUAACUUAACCGGUUUAAUAAUUCUAAUAACUAUCCUCUUCAUGGCCAAAAUAGAGCUAGUGAUUCGUAGGCAUUCAAGACAAAUACGACUUAAGGAAUCAAUUGUGCUCUGCUAUUUUCCAUUUUUUGUGUUCUAUUGGUUGCUUCAGUCGUCAAUAUCUCCACCAAUCAUACUUUUCAAAAUCUUCGAAACACUAAUGUUUGCAAAUAGCUUGCUAAACCCAAUAAUUUACUUUUGGAGAAUUAACGAAUUAAGAAUUGCAGGUCGACAAUUAAUGAGGAGAUUUUUUCAACUGGUUGCCGAAGCUCCACAUUAGCAGAUAGCUGAUAACUUGUGAGAGAUCUUUUUCAACACUUAAAGAUAAAAUCACC